AUGAAGCUCGAGGUACUUCUUGUAGUUAUGCUUGUUACGCUUGCUGUGAAUGUGGAAGCGAAAAGGAAGAAAAGAAAAGGAAAUUCUGCAUCAGUGACAUGUAAGAAAACAGACAUAGAAAAAAUCGUGACAAAACUAAACGAGCUUAAGACUGAAACCCAGAACUGCAGCACAGGAAACGGAGAAGAUGUCUCUUUAAAUGUUGACAUAGCAAACGAUGUGACAAAGGCCAAGGCGACAAUUGAUGAAGUAAAGACGGGUGUUGAUGAGAUAACUGGUGGAAUAUCUACGAUUAAAGAUCUUUUGAAAGAGAUGCAGAGUUCUAAAUGUGAAUCACGAGGUGAACAAACAGAUGAAUGUGUUGGUGAAUUUUUGAUUUCUGGACCAAAUCACAGAGUCAAUGACAGUGGUUUGACAGCCUCGACUGAAUGGGAUGGUUACCAUGGACCAAGUAGGGCAAGACUUGGCACACAAGAAGAACUUCCAUUUCCCGGAUCAUGGUCCCCAUUAACGCUUGAUGCGAAUCCAUGGAUUCAAGCAGAUUUGGGGAAAUUGAUGCAGGUGAAUGGUGUUGUUACACAGGGUAGAGCGGCUCAUGCCCAGUGGGUGACGUCCUAUAACGUUUCCUACAGCGAAGCUGGCAGUUCAUUUGAGUUCAUAGAGAAGGAUGGGAAUCAGAUCUUCAAUGGUAACAGUGACAUGUACACUCCUGUUCUCAACUCGUUCAAACCUGUGCAAGCAAGGUACAUCCGCAUCAGCCCUAUGACAUGGAACAACCACAUUUCCUUGCGAUUUGAUGUGAUUGGAUGCGAUGAUUAACAAACUUUAUCUUCCACAGUCCAGUAAUGUGAUUCCAUUCCACCUUCUCUUGAUUAUGGCAUAUCAAUCACAGUGACAGGCAACCGACUAGUGUUGUUUCUCAUGAAUCAUCAUUACGGGACCAGAAUAUUUUAAUAAUUACGGUUGCACCAUUUUGAAAACAAUACACAUGGACAUAACGGAGUCUUAUAUCUUUAAUUGUUCUAAUGAACAAAAUUAUUACAAGUUCAUCGUUCAAAUGUAAUUUUAAGUGACAUAAUACAAUAUGUGGAAAUAAAACUAAAUUGUUGUGUUACACUGUUCCUCGGUGAAUGUGUUUCCAAUAUGUAAGGA